AUGCGGUGCGCCGAGUUUAACCUGGAGAACGACCGUAUGGAACUGUCAGGAUCGAAAUUGGCAAAAUCGAAUAAAAACUUGUGAUGCAUAAAAUGCAUGACGCGAAAUACGUGUGUUGCAGAGCAGGCAAGUGAGGCCGAUUGUAAGUCUGUUUGGGGUUCUAGCUCGAGCUGCUAGGGCAGCAUGAGAGAAUCAGUGUUAUUUGCCUAAGCAGCAUUACAAACUGGAUUUAGGCACCACCAAAAUUUGUGAUGCGCCACUUAGAAACUGGGUUCGGACUGGAAUCCAUUUUAUGCAUGACAAAUCAUUUCGAUUUUGCCAAUUUCGAUUCUGACACUUCCAUAGACCGAAAUUUCGGCAUGCCUGUCUGGGACGCAAACCGGCCCAACGAGAAGUGCCGGGGCUUCCAGGUUCGCAAAUUUCACCCCAGGGCGGGCGCGGGAAAUUUCCUAUGUAAACUGCAUCCCACCACACUCACCUGCAAGGCCUCGCCCGAGGGGGACAACGCGAAUCACCCCCAGUACCGAGAUACGAAUUGCAAAAGUAUCGUACUAGUAGAAAUUGCAUUACAAAUUUUCCCAGCAUUAGAAAUGAAAUCUGUGAAAAUGCGGAUUGACUUUUAGGAAAAAAAAAAGAAUUGUAAUGCAUGACUGCAAUUACAAUUACUACAAGGCAAGUGCGAUGCUUUUGCAGAGCAUACGAGAGGUCCUCUUCGACAUGAAGGACGUGUACGACCUAUCCUGAGUAAAAAUGUCCCCACACCAGAGUCAAGCUGGGAAAUCUGCUAGACAAAUCUGUCAGCUUUUGCGGUUGCGCAUGACAAGCCUGGCCUCGUAGUGUAAUCCUGUUUAGCUUGUUGAGCAGCAUCACAGAUCUAGCGCAUCGUGCUGAUUCUAGCAGCACAGAUACCAAAAAGCGACCAGAAACUGCUUCUCAUGGGUCUCCGCAUGAGAAACAUUUUCAGCAUGCAGAUUUGCAUUACAACUCUGGGGUGGGGACGUUUUUACACAGGAUACGACCGGUGCCGCAUCAUCGAACACGGCAUCAACUACGUCAACACGGUAUCCUGUGCAAAAGUAUCGUACUCGUAGUAAUUGCAUUCAUGCAUUACAUUUUUUUUUUUCAAGGAAAAUCCGCAUGACAAAUUUUAUUUCUCAUGCUGGGGAAAUUUGUAAUGCAUUUAUAAUUAUACGAGUGCGAUACUUUUGCACAGGAUACACGGUUUUCCGCAGCC